GAGCCGUUCGGUUACCGGAGUGACCCGGUGCUGCUGCGGCGGCCGGGAUAUCCCGCGCCUGGGCCUGAACGGGACUGGAGCGUCGCCUCCCGCCACGUGUGCAUCUUCAGACCCCAGGCUCAAGGACCUCAGACUCACCUCUUGUUUGGCUGGCCCAAGACUACAUCCAAAGAAAACCAGUAAGCAUCUGUCUGAGGAGGCCUCUUAUUAGUGAGUCUUAGUUUUCCUUAUAUGACAUCUGGUCCUGGUUCUGUUGGGAUCCCAUCUGGGGACGGUGAAGUGUCUUAGUCCAGGGCACUAAGGAGAAGUCACACUCGUUCUUGUCCCCCUGUGCCCUGUGCUGUUUUGUCUUUCCUGUCUCUUUGUCCCUAGUCUUCUGUGGUUUGGACUUGGGGUGACCAGACAAAAAAAUGGGUAAUAAGACUAGUAAAGUUGAUUAUUGUAAAGUUGAUACUCCCUUAAAGUGUGUACUGGAAAAUUUUGACUUACUUUACACCCGUAAGGUUAAGAAGAGUUAUUUUGGUCACAUUACCAAGAAACAGCUCCAGAUCCUCUGUGAACAGAAAUGGCCCACAUUAGGGGUCGAAUGGCCCCCUGAGGGCACCUUCGAUCCCGAGGUGGCAUGGGCCUUAUACGGUGCUGUCAUUAGGCUACCCAACCUCAUGUACCAGUUUAGAUACAUUGUGCCUUGGGCACAAGCAACAUCUAAGCCACCAGUAUGGAUGAAGGAGUAUAUAAUCGUAAAUGGUCUUCAUUUCCCAUUGCCUCGCCCUCCUCAGUCCCAGCCCCAACUCCAACCCCUGACUCAGCCUCCGCCUCAAUCCGAACCCCUGUCUCAGCCCCCUACUCAAUCCCCGCCUCAACCCCAACCCCUGACUCAGCCCCCUACUCAAUCCCUGCCUCAAUCCCAACCCCUGUCUCAGCCCCCUACUCAAUCCCCGCCUCAACCCCAACCCCUGACUCAACCUCAGCCCCCGCCUCAACCCCAACCCCUCACUCAACCCCCACCUCAACACCAAGCUGUAUCCCAGCCCUGUAAUGUCUGUGUGCCUUUCACCAGCACUGAUCUUCAUAACCAGAACAUCCAGAACCGACCUUCCAGCACCAACGCGAGCUGCAUAGAUGUUGUGCCUUUAACCACCAUUGAUCUUCUUAACUGGAGGGCACAGUACCCUCCUUUCAGCACAGACCCCAAACCCCUAAUCUCUCUAGUUGAAUCUAUCUUUCUCAUCUACCAUCCUAGUUUGGAUGAUUGCAAGCGUAUCUUAUAUGUGUUAUUCACAAGGGAGGAGAGGGAACGGAUUCUCACAGAAGCGUCUAAGGCAUUUCCUGGGUUCUCUGAACUGUCUGGCGAACUUGUCCUGCUUAGGGAGAGUCCAGACUGGAAUUCUAGGGUAGAGAAAGGUAGGAAGUCCCACAGGGUAUACCACCAGGCUUUGCUUGAGGGAUUGAAACUGGCAGCCCGGAAGCCCACUGACCUUUCCAAGGUGGCAGCCGUGAGACAAGGUACGAAUGAAUCGCCUUCAGAGUUUCUCGAGCGCCUCCUAGAGGCGUACCGUGAAUAUACAACCAUAGAUCCAGAGGACCCGAUAUUCCUCUCCUCCGUUGACCUGACCUUCAUAUUUCAGUCUGCCCCAGAUAUACGGGAUGCAAUCCAAAACAUGCAUGACUAUCCGAAUAUGAGUAGGUCGGAAUUACUGGAAAUAGCCCAGGACGUGUUUAACAAUAGAGAAUACAAACAAGAGCAGCUGCUAAUAAGGCAAUUGACUAAGGCUAUCACCUCUGCGCAACAAUGUGCUGCCUGCAGUCCUGGUCAGAGAACGUACAACGGAAGGAGCAAGCCCCUGCGAAGAAACCAGUGUGCUUACUGCAAGGAGCUGGGGCACUGGAAGCAUGAAUGCCCCCAACAGAGAUGGGUAGGUCCUCCCUGGCCAAAGCCACGCUUUGCUUGAGGACAAUAGUGGGGCCAUAGCUUUUUCAAAUUAGGCCCCCAAGAGUCUAUGGUGAUCUUUUUAAUUAGUGUCAACCUAUAAACUUUUCCUUGUCAACAUGGGGCCUUCACCUUUGGUUUUUUUUUUUGUUGUUGUUGUUGUUGUUUUGUUUUUUUGUGUCCCCGUCCCCGUCCCCCCUGCAGAAUCUCUGUAGCUUUGGAGCCUGUCCUUGGAGCUAGCUCUUGUAGACCAGGUUGGCUACGAACUCACAGAGAUCCACUUGCCUCUGUCUGGGAUUAAAGGCGUGCACCACCUUGGGGCUGCUCACCAUUCAAACAGUGGAAAUGCAGGCGAAGUCAGGAGAUAUAGAUGGAGUGUUAAUCUGGGAGAGGGACAGCGAUGGAUUCCUUCAUGACGGUCCCUGGAUGUGCCCACUCCCUUUGCAGGGAAGAGACCUCCUGAGCAAGCUCCUGGCAACUAUCUUAUUCUCAGGAGAUAUGCCUAAACUACAACUAGGGUGCCCAGCCACAGUCCUGACCAUCACCUAUCCCUCCUCCUCUUCCUCCAAGGCCCUGAGAGGAAAUCAAAAGAGCAAGUGAUCAGGGAUGUUCCAGCUCUCUGGGCCAGAGAUAGUCCUUCUGGUCUGGCCAAGCAUGUGUUACCAGUUACAAUUCAGCUGACUUCUCGGGCCAUGCCCAUCUGAGUCAGACGGUAUCCCAUCAGUACAGAGACCAGAGAGGGACUCAAUUGCCUCCUCAAGGCAGGCAUACUCAUCCCAUGCCACUUAGCAUGGAACUCCCCUUAUUACCAGUCCAAAACCUGGGAUUAGUACAGUACAGGAUUUAAGGAGAGCACAUGAGUGGCUGGAAACCUGUUUGCCCGACUGUUCCCAACCCUUAUACUUUGUUCAGCAUGCUGCUGUCUGAGCAUCAGUUUUAUACUGUACUGGAUCUAAAGGAUGCAUUUUUCUUUUCCCUUGUCAGAAUUAAGUCAGCCUAUCUACAUUUAAACAGGCUGACCCUGAACUGAGACCAUCGGGGGCAACUGAAACUAGACCCAAUUACCUCGGGUUCAGCAAAUCCCCUGCCAUCUUUGAUGAAGCCCUCAACCAGGAAGUCAUAAUUUGAAUCCCUUUUCCAACCACAAAGAGGCAGAUUAGGGAGUUCCGGGGUUUCAUUGGGUAUUGCUGCCUCUGGAUACCCAAGUUUGUUGAAGUCGCCAUUUCCUUGUGCUCAGCCACGGCAGGGGCUUAAAAACCCCUUUGUGGAAUGCGCUGAGGGAAGUUAACAGGUCUUCUUUUGUUUUUGUUUUGUUGUUGUUUUGUUGUUGUUUUUCAAGACAGGGUUUCUCUGUAGCUUUGGAGCCUGUCCUGGAACUAGCUCUUGUAGACCAGGCUGGUCUCGAACUCACAGAGAUCCGCCUGCCUCUGCUGAGUACUGGGAUCAAAGGUGUGUACCACAAGUAUCCCCCCCACACCAGCCUGUCACUACUCUCUCCUAAAGGAACUUGAAAGUGGCUCUAGUGUAGGCUCUCCUUAACUCUUCCUGACAUCUCCAAGUUCUUCAACCUCUGUGUUUGUUCAUGAGAGAAAGGACAUUGCCAAAGGAGUCUUGACCCUGGAUGUCUGGAAAAGGCUAGUUGCCUACAUUUCAAAAAGAUUGGAUCCUGGGACCUCAGGAUGCCCCCUUGUCUAUGAGCCAUGGCAGCUACGGUAAUCCUUCUCAAAGAGGCAGACAAACUUACCCUGGUACAGAACCUAACCACAACGAGCCCAUGUGCAUUGAGACUCUAUUAAGAUGCCACUAAUUGCUGGAUGUCUAAUGCUAUCUAGCCCAAUACGAGGCCCUUCUCCUAGAUAAGGAUAGAUGGGCUUUUGACAAACCCAUGGCUAUCAACCUUGGUACCCUAUUACUGGACAGUGACCCUCAGGAAACCAUGUAUGACUGGAGAUCCUCGAUGUCAUUCAGGGUCGAUGACUAGACCUCAUGGCUGGUCCCUUCACAGUCAAGGCAAUAGUUUUGUCUGUGAAGGAACUAGGAACACUGGGGCAGCAGUAGUUCUGGGCCAGAAAGGAGUUGUUUGGUCACAAACUCUGUCCAAGAGGCACAUUGACCCAAAGAGAGAAAUAAUGGCCUUAAAUCAGGCAUUGAAACGGGCCAAGGGAAGCAAAACGGAACAUUUACACAGACAACCAAUAUGCCUUUGCCACAGCUCAUGUCCGUGGACAAAUACCCAAAGAGGCCGAUUAACCUCAGAAGGAAAAACAUUACAAAGAGGGAGAUGAUCCAAUUGUUGGAGGUCAUCUGGCUGCCUGAUGAACUGGCCAUAGUACACUGAGGGAGCAUCGAAAGGACCCCAAACCCAGGAGAAUAAUUACGCAGAUCAGACAGCAAGAGAUACAGCUCUUGGGGACCUUUGCCCCAAACCAUCUUGGAGCUAUUGGCCAUUCCUGAGCCCCCACUCUGCUUCAGUGAAGCCACCCCUAUGAACUCUCCAAAGAAGACUGAAUUACUUUGGCAUGGGAACCCAUCAAAAUUGCCAUGGGUAAUUUAUAUUACUGGAUGAGAAAAUCUGCAUCCCCAGUCUUAUUAGGGAAGAACUGGUUAAUUGCCAGCCAAAAAGCAAUGUACUUAUUACCUAAGAAAAUCUCAGAACUUAAUCUCUCCCCAUGUUUGGUUAUCCAGACAUUGGGAGGUACUUCAAAACAUCUCAAACUGCUGUUUGACUUGCACUCAGGUGAGUGCAGAAUCGGAGGUGUCACCCCAAAGGGUCUUUCAGGGGGGGGCGAUGGUUUUGUAGCUCCAAGAAGCACUAUGGUAGACAUGGGUACCCUGCAGGAUUUGCUUCCCUGGGCUGGACAAACAUACAUCAGGAUGCCUUGCUUUUUUUUUUUUUUUUUUUUUCCAGUUGUAAAUGUCCCCAGCCCAUUCCAAGUUGGAAGGGACAGAGUUUGCAGUAAUCAGUUAAGAAUAUAAUCCAACAGACCAAGACUAACGUUAUGGCUUCCAUAGGCUAAGGAAAGGAGUAAACCUUAGAGAUCUGAACUUUUGAGGGGAUGCCAUUCAGUGUCUUUGCAUUUUUGGCAGCCCCUUCCACAGGAUCCUCUAGUGCCUUCUUGAGAUGUGAAUGCUACCAACCUUAACAGCGGGGAGCAUCCAAAGAAUCACAAUCUAGGGGUCUUCCCGUCUUGGUUCUAGGUAGUCAGUCUUGAGUUGGUGACCUAGAACAUUUCAGCAGGUUGGAACAGGUAGUACCUGAUCAGUUGUGCGGCCUGGAUUUGAGGAAAGUUCUUAUCCAGAGUUAAUUGCAAUCUCUUCAGGGAUUCAGAGAUUAGGUAAUCUGUGCUCUUUAUGUGCCCUGGGGACCACUGGGGGUGGCUAUCCAUAAAUUCUUUCACAUAGAGUGAGUUUAUGAGGAUUUCUUUUAAGGUUCUAAUCAUUUUUUUCUAUAUUUCUAUAUGGAAAUAUAUUUCUAUAUUUCCUGAACUCCGAUGGUAAUGCAUGCAACAUAAUUUCCAAUUUAUAUUGAGGGUUUCUGAAGUCAUUUGAGACAGUCAUCUUGGCCAUAAAGAUCAGUCAAACUCCAGAGUUGGGGAGGCCAAAUCCCUUUAUCAUAACUCCCAACCCCUCUAAAACCAAUUCUAAUUGUCGGCUGUGGUCAUUGUAACAUUGUGUUUUCCAACUUAAAUCUGGAACAUUUGUGAUUCUGAAAACUCACGUUGGAAUGAAGGAAGAACCUGGGGAAUUAGGCUAGGUGCAGUUGGAUUGAAUCCUGCUUUCUCAGUUACCAUCCAGUGAUAUAAAGUAAGACAAGAAGAGCCUAAACCUAUAGGCCCCAGUAGAGACCUCCCAGUACCCCAGGUUCUUGGUUCUUCCAGAACACCCAUGUUCCAAAGACUUAUGAAGUACUGUCUUGCCUAAUCUAACCUCUCCAUAGCCCUCUCCUGUUAAAAGGAAAAUCCAAAAAUCUCUAUUCGUGUUAUGAGACACCUGAUAUGGGACAGAAGGAAAGCCAAAAUUAAGUGACUGUUCUAUUGCCACUAUUCUCAAUCCUUUGGUUUUACUUUGAGUCUUUAAAACUUUUUUUUGUUGUUGUUGUUUUUUUUGGGGGGGGAGGGUUGAGACAGGGUUUCUCUGUAGCUUUUGGAACCUGUCCUGGAAGUAGCUCUUGUAGGCCAGGCUGGACUCGAAAGCACAGAGAUCAGCCUGCCUUUGCCUCACGAGUCCUGGGAUUAAAGGCGUGCGCCACCACCACUACCGGGCAAAACUUUCUCAAAAUUUAUAAAAUUAAUAUAUGUGUAUAUACAUAUAUAUUAAAUUUUUAUGUAUUUGAGAUUUAUUUUUUUGUUAUAUAUACAGUGUUAUUCCUGCAUGCCAGAAGAGGACACCAGAUCUUAUAGAUGGUUGUGAGUCACCUUGUGGUUGCUGGGUACUCAGCACCACACCUCUGGAAGAGCAGCUAGUGCUCUUACCUCUGCUCCAUCUCUACCCCUCUGUCAUAAUAUUAAUGGUCAUGUAGAAUACUAAUUCUAGAAAAAAGAUUUAUUAGCUUCUUGUACAUGAUUUCCGGGUUUGAGUUACUAUCCGGUAACUAGGAAUUAAGUUUUUGUUACUCUGGAUGUACUUAAUAAAUUGUGGUCUUUUAACCUUUUUGUAAUCUGCUGCAUAUGACAUUUAAAAUGCUUAAGUUUUCUGCAGUGAACCGUGACCAUUCCUAACAGCAACCUUUGACGUCUCCAAAAGGAUGAUGGGGCCCCACAACGAUUCCACCUGCAUUGUGGUAAGGCCAUUACACUGACAAACACCACCCAAAGAUUGGCUUUGAACUCCAAACUUCUCAGGACAAUUUCCAGGUGGCUAGCUGUGAUGGUCCAGCCCCACAGGCUCCUCCAGUGCGACUGGACAGCAAGUGAUACUACAGCUGGCUCUCCCAGGACUUGACAAUGGUCCCAGUUUUCUCAGGGUCCCCUAAAGAUGUCGUCACCCCCAAACAGCAGGAAGCAAUUUUAAGAACACGACGCCCACAUUCCCAAGAGGUGGGGUGGGCAGUUUUUGGUUGUUCAGUGGGUUAUGGAUACUUGUCAUUGUUUAUGGGGGUUGGUUACAAGUUAUUAUUGGUAAUGGUCAGGAAAAAACUGAACAAAGGAGAUUAGAUUCAGGGAUCUUCUUCUAAAAAGAAAAAGGGAGGGGGUAAAUGAUAGGAUAAAAGGGUAGAUUAUUGAAUCUACUUUUAAACCAAAGAACUACUAAUUUAAAUAUUUUACAUUGGUAUGGAUUUUUGUAUAUUGAUACAAAUUGGAGGUUAUUUUUGUUAUACUGAUUAGAAGUUUCUACUUUUAAGAUAUUUUUGUAUAGUGAUACAAAUUUAAGGUUAUUUUUGUUAAAUCAUACUGAAUAUAUGUUUCUAUUCUUGUUUAAGGUAUUGUGUCUAAACAGCUCAUUUAACAAUGGAAUGUAAAUUUCUAGUCCUUCAAAGUUAGGGUAAUAAAGCAAUACAGGUUACCAGUUACAUUACAAUCAAACUUAUAGUUAAGUUAGGUAUGUUUUCAAGGUCAAACAUAUUUCAGAUAGACAGGUGGUCUUCAAAGACUUCAGAGAUCAUCAGAAUAUGGCAUUUAAGAUGUUUUAAUAACAUAAGAUUUUUUUUUUUAAUGACAAUGAGACAUGUCUCCUCCUGGCAGCACCAAUCUACUUCAGAGAAGAUGAUGGGCAUCAAAGAGCCUCCAUAUGGAGUUUGCUUUCUUUGUGGCAGAAGUUAUGCACUAGGCAAGAAACUGCCCUUUUCUCGACUGCUGACAGUAUGCUGUCCUAAUUGGACACUCAGGAUCAUAAAGAAAGUGACUGCCGGACUUUGCCAAGACAAUGUGGGACAGUCCUUCAAAGUUCCUGCUUUACAGAAAAGUCUGUCAGAUAUUCUAGGCCUGUAGGCUGAAGAUGGAUGCCCCAACGUUACAGAGGAAUCUCUGUUGACUGUCCAGGCAGCCAGCUGUUUCUGUCAUUUCUUAGUUUGGGAAGCUGUUUUGCAUGUCCUGUUUACUAAGGUAAUAUUAUAUCCUUCUCAGGUCUCUGAUGAAGUUGAAGACUAGAUAGUUAUACUUUUCUUGUUACCAAAUUCAGAAAAGAAGCUCACAAAAGAGGUAAAGUGUUUUUUAUUUAGACAAGAAGGCAGAGCCGGGCGGUGGUGGCGCACACCUUUAAUCCCAGCACUUGGGAGGCAGAGGCAGGUGGAUCUCUGGGAGUUCGAGGCCAGCCUGGUCUACAAGAGCUAGUUCCGGGGCGGGCACCAAAGCUACAGAGAAACCCUGUCUCCAAAAAAACAAAAACAAAACAAAACAAAACAAAAAGGCAGAAACUUAUUCCUUCAUACUGUGAAUAUAUGUCACUGUGAUUGGUUUAAUAAAGAAGCUGACUGGCCAAUAUCUGGACAGGUAGAGGUUAGGUGGGAGAGCCAGCCAAACUAGGAAAAUGCUGGGAAGAAGGGUGGAGUCUGUGAGUGAGGAACAGAUGCAGAGAGAAGCAAGGUGGGCAUGCUGUACUAAGAAAAUUUAUGACACCAUGUGACAAGGCAUACAUAGAAACUUAAGAGUUAGCUGGUAACAAGCCUGAGUUCUUGGCUGAACAUUAACAAUGAAUAUUAAGCCUCUGUGUGAUUACUUGGGAGCAGCUGGUGGGACAGUUGCCAUGCUACUGGCUCUGCUGUGCACAGAAUAAAGCUUGCUUUGAU